CUAGGCUUUUCAGCCCAAAGACAAAAGAAGCCCGCCAUCCAUGAUCCAUCGGGUUUAUAUUAGCUUAGCUAUAAAACUGCAGCUACUACCAUCCUAACCCUAAACAUCGGAGGAAAUCUCGCGCCGACGAACCAGCGAGCUGCCCGAAUUCUUCCCAUUUUCCGCAAGUCUGAAGCCAUGGCCGACGUUGAAGCCGAUGUUGCCGUUCCAGAACAGCCUAAGAAGAGGACGUUCAAGAAGUUCAGUUUCAGGGGAGUUGAUUUGGAUGCUCUCUUGGAUAUGUCCACUGAUGACCUCGUCAAGCUCUUUACAGCUCGUGCUCGAAGAAGGUUCCAGCGAGGUUUGACUAGGAAACCAAUGGCCCUCAUCAAGAAGCUCCGAAAAGCGAAACGGGAGGCUCCAGCUGAUGAGAAACCUGAACCAGUUAGGACUCACCUGCGCAACAUGAUCAUAGUCCCAGAGAUGAUCGGUAGCGUUAUUGGUGUGUACAAUGGUAAGACUUUCAACCAAGUGGAGAUAAAGCCUGAGAUGAUUGGCCAUUAUCUAGCCGAGUUCUCGAUCAGUUACAAGCCUGUGAAGCAUGGAAGACCUGGUAUUGGUGCUACUCACUCUUCCAGGUUUAUUCCUCUCAAGUGAAGUUAUUCGUUGGCAGCGGAGAUGGUGUUCUGUUUCUUGGAUCUAGAUUGACUCCUUCCCUAAUAAUAUUUUGUUCGUUUCGCUGGCGUAUGCUACUCUAAAUAUUUGAUUAUCGAAAUUUUUGGUCCGGAGGAUCCUUGCUCUUUAGGGUUCGUUUGUUUCAUAAAUUUAAAAGUGAGGGUUUUGUAAUUUAAAGGUUUGGGAUCUAGAAUUUAAAAAUUAAAAUAUGUACUAGUAAGGAUAAUGUUGCCACAAUUAGGGGUGGAAAUCGGUAUUGGUUUCCCAAUACCAAAUAUCGAAAUCCCGAAUACCGAAUUACACUCUGAA